AUGCUGAGCCAUUGGGAAAACUGCAAAACUAUUGGGCUUGAUGGUACCUACAACAUAAUAUACGGCGACAUGACCAUCUUGGUUAUCUGCGCCCUACCUUACGGCGAGAUAGCCAAACCGGUGGGAAUUGUACUUUUGAAGAGCGAGUCCGCGUUGUCAGUGUCCUUUGCACUUCGCAAGCUGACCCAGGCAGCCGAAGCCCCGAACAUCGUGGGCGCUGUACCUGAGGAGGUGGUCAUGGACGGCUCAGAUGCGCUACACAACGCUGUUAAGGAGGUCUGGGGCAAUGCGAGGAUAAUAAGCUGUCAUUACCAUGGCAAGCAGCGAGCCAGGAAGGCGAAGGCAACAGCCCGAUUACCACUCAAUGUAUGGAGAGCGGUAAACCGCGAUCUGGACCUCAUGGGAGCAGCUUGGAGCAGACAAGACUGGAUAAGGCUACGAGAUUCAUUUGUGCAGAAGUGGACACCUGACGAAGGUAAACCACGAUCGGUGUGGAAAUUCGCGGGGUCGACAAGAAAUUGA